AUGUUGGCUCGCUAUUGCCUUUUCUUAGUAGCCUUAGGGUACGGUGGUGCAGCACAGUCCUUUGAGCCAGAGCACUUCAGUGUCAUAGACGCUCUCUUCGCACAUGGGGUCAACAUUUCGGAAGUUCCCGGGCUAGCUAAUCUUUACAAGAGAGGCUCAACAACGGCGUGCAUUGAUGCUUGCAACGCGUUUGUCGUCAUCUAUGGAUCAGAUACGGUAUACAAUCGUGAUGAGCCCUUGUACGAGAACUUCACGUCGUCAUAUUGGUCGGCAUUUCAAGCCGACGUGAAGCCCGGAUGCGUUUUCAGUCCCACAGACGCUGCUGCAGUGUCAGUCGCAGUACUGAUUUCCAGGUUCUCGCAAUGUCCUUUCGCUGUGAAAAGCGGUGGUCAUGCUGCGUUCGCCGGUGCCUCCAGCAUUGACGGUGGCAUCACGAUCUCUCUCAAGGACCUUAAUACCAUCGAGCUGUCUGAAGACAAGGUUACUGCUUCCAUCGGGCCAGGAAAUACGUGGGGAAAGAUCUAUUCGACACUGGAGCAGGAAAACCUCUCGGUAAUUGGGGGGCGCGUGGCAGACAUUGGUAUUGGGGGCUUGACGACAGGCGGAGGUAUAUCGUUCUUCUCAAACAUUUACGGAUGGGCUUGCGAUAAUGUUGCAAGCUAUGACGUGGUUACCGCUUGCGGUAACAUAGUUCAUGCGAGUCCUACUGAGCAUCCUGACCUUUACUGGGCCCUUCGUGGGGGUGGCAACAACUUUGGUAUUGUCGUCAACUUCAAUCUUGAGACACUCCCACUACCAGGGGGUGAGAUUUGGGGCGGAAGCAGAGUAUAUCUAGAGGAUUCGUUCCCGGCGCUGGUCGAUGCUUUUGCGGACUAUGCCAUCAGAUCACCCGAAGACCCAUAUGCAGGGGCAUGGCUCGCGAUGGGUGUCAGCAAUGGCACGAAGCUCGCGUCGGCUGAGUUAUGGUACGCAGCGCCCAAUGCACAGAACGCUUCCAUCUUCAACAAAUGGAACAAUAUCGCUUCUAUUCAAGAUGUAGUGCAAAACCGAAUCUUAUCUGAGCUCACGAACGAAAUUGCCUCAAGCAAUCCGUACGGUCUUCGAGAGCUCUACUACACCAUUACGGUGAAGGCUUCCUCUGAUAUCCUCCCCGUCGUCAUGAAAAUCUAUUUCGAGGAGCUCUCAACACUCCUGAAGAUAGACGGUGCUGCACCUUACAUGAUUUGGCAAGCUAUAACCCACGGCGUCUUGGGGGCGAUGGCGAAGAAUGGCGGAAAUCCACUUGGCCUCAAUAGUCAUGAUGGGCCGUUUUACCUCAUCCACAUUUCCAGUUGGUGGAAUCAGGAGAAAGACGAUGCUGCAAUGUAUCAAGGAAUAUCCACAAUUAUGUCCAGGAUCAAUUCGGAAGCAGUUAACCGCGGCCUGGAAACAGACUAUGUGUACAUGAAUUACGCAAGCCGUUUUCAGGAUGUGAUCGCGAGUUAUAGCUCAGAGAACAAGGAAAAGCUACAGAGCAUAGCAAGGAAGUACGACCCCGAACAGGUGUUCCAAGUUCUACAGCCUGGUUAUUUUAAACUUGAUCGGGCUCCUAGUCCAGACCUUGGUUACUUUUCAUUUUAA